UAACAAUAGCCUACGUGGAAGAAUCUGUUUGGCUCUCUUUCCCCCCAAAUUUCAAACCAUUCCCAUUUCUUAGGGUUUUCGUGGCUCUGUUCUCUCUUCUAUCUCCACUUUCCGGUCGGUAAAAUUUCCGGCGAGUUUUUUCCCAAAAGGAUUUCCGACCGACGAUUAUUCCAUUUUCAUCGUCAAACUCACGAAACUCGAAGAACUUCCCCGCUCUUUUUUGAAGCCAAGAGUCUUCAGUUUGUUAUUAUUAUUAUUACUUCAUUUUCCCUCUUCACCUCUGCUCAAUUUGUUUAUAAUCAAAACUAGAGCUGCAAUUUUGAUAGGUUUUAGCGUUUUAAUUGGAAUCCCCUGUUUCGACGUAGAAAUCAAAUAAGUUUCUAAUUUUGGUAUUAGCGAUGAAAAGUCAAAGCGGUUCGUCGAGGCGAAGUUUGUCAAUUGUAAGUGUGUCAUCAGGGAGGAAAAAAAUGUUGGAGAAUGGAGGUUCCGACUCUUUCCGAAAACUCGUACCAUCUUCCCAUUCUAUGUCACUUUCUGGAGAACGUACUGUGAAGAGGUUGCGGCUGUCAAAGGCUUUGACAGUACCUGAUAGUACAAGCAUUUAUGAGGCUUGCCGUAGGAUGGCUGCUCGUAAGGUUGAUGCUUUACUGCUUACUGACUCUAAUGCAUUACUUUGCGGAAUCCUCACAGACAAGGACAUAACGGCAAGAGUGAUUGCUCGGGAGCUUAAUUUGGAGACACCCGUUUCCAAAGUGAUGACCAAGAACCCUGUAUUUGUUCUUUCUGACUCUCUUGCGGUGGAGGCGCUCCAGAAGAUGGUGCAAGGAAAAUUUAGACACUUGCCUGUUGUACAGAAUGGUGAAGUUAUUGCCUUACUCGAUAUAGCUAAGUGCUUGUACGAUGCUAUUGCUCGAAUGGAAAGGGCAGCUGAAAAGGGAAAAGCCAUUGUUGCAGCUGUUGAGGGUGUAGAAAAAAAUUGGGGAACUUCUAUAUCUGGUCAGAAUACAUUCAUUGAGACACUUCGUGAGCGUAUGUUCAGGCCGUCACUGUCUACAAUUAUCACAGACAAUCCAAAGAUUGUAACAGUUUCACCUGAUGACACAGUUUUAGCGGCUGCAAAAAAGAUGCUUGAAUCUCAAUUAAGCUCUGCAGUUGUGACAGUUGAUAACAAACCACAAGGAAUUUUAACUUCAAAGGAUAUAUUGAUGCGGGUAAUAACACAAAAUCUUCCUCCAGAGACUACCCCAGUUGAGAAGGUCAUGACUCCUAACCCAGAAUGUGCAACAGUUGACACAUCAAUUGUUGAUGCUUUGCAUCAGAUGCAUGUUGGGAAAUUUUUACACCUUCCUGUGCUAAAUAGAGAUGGAGAGAUUGUUGCUAUUGUUGAUGUAAUCCACAUAACUCAUGCCGCUAUCGCCACCGUUGGGAGCACUUCUGGAAUCAAUAAUGAGGCUACCACAACAAUGAUGCAAAGGUUUUGGGAUUCUGCAAUUGCCUUACCACCCAAUGAAGAUGAUGAUGAGGCUCGAAGUGAAAGUUCUUUGAAGCUGGCUUCUGAGACAGGGAGAUGUCUUCCCUAUCCUUCAUCCUAUUUGCCAAAUACGUUCGGUUUCAAAAUACAAGAUAGAAGGGGUCGAAUGCAUAGAUUUAUUUGUGAUACACGAAGUAUGACAGAUGUAAUAACUGCUAUCCUUCAGAGGCUGGAGGAUGACAUAGACAGGAACAGGGUGCCUCAAAUUUUGUAUGAAGAUGAAGACCAUGACAAAGUUGUACUGGCAUCAGACAGUGAUCUUGCAGCAGCUGUGGAGCAUGCAAAAUUGCUUGGUUGGAAGGGUUUGAAAUUGCAUCUAGAUUAUUCAGGAAAACAAAAUCGACGAAGGGGUUCAGGUUCUGGAAGUUUGGAUUAUGCUCAAUCAGAUGCAUGGGCUGCUGCAUACAGUGCGGUUGCAGCCGGGGCUGCAGUUGUUGCUGGGCUGAGCUUAUUAGCAUACUUGAGAAAAGCCGGUAAUUAGCACUGUUGAAAAAAAGAAAAAUCCUCAUUUAUAAAUUACUGAAAGGUCAACUUGGCUUUGAGGCAUUUCUUGUGCUAGAUUUCUCCCCUGAUUUAUUAGGUCAACACUCUCAUUGGCAUGGAAAUGAAGAAAUUCAUUUGUUCUUUUUUUCAUUGCUUUGUGGGUUGCUUCUUCUUUGCUACCUGCAUAGCAAACAAUUUGAACUAAACUGUGGUUGUCUCCAUUGUUUAUCACUGAGUUUUUUUGCAACUUAUUUAAGGGUUAAAGGGUGGAAUAAUCACGUUGUAUAAACAAAAUAAAUUGUAGCAUUUCAUGAAAUGUAGUUUCUGAUUUUCGAGAAACAGCUCCCAACUUUGUUGUUGUAACUUCUUUUUGUUCUUUUUAAGUUUAAUCCAAAUUUUUAUCA